UUCCCUGCUGCUGGGUGCUUGGCAGGGACGUCAUUUUUCGAUGUCGAAGAUCGGAUUUCAAAGCAAAGCCGACUUAGAUGGGCUGUGGAGGUAUGUGCGUGGUGUACGAACUACUGUGGUCUGUAUAUGGGCACUUUGGUUGUUGAUGCCAUGUGAAGAUGAUUUGGUUGCAGGUCUGGUUGACAGGUGUUUCACACCGCCUUGUUUCUUUGGCAUUUAUCUGCCGGCAGAAGCAUUUGAUUAUCAGGCGGUAAAGACCUUCCGACCACUAGAACCUCAUAUGGAGAACUGUACACACCCUACGGGUAGCCAGCCAGCCAAGGAUGUAUGUUUGUUGACACCCGCGACUGCGUUGCUGAUGUCUCUUCCACAGCGCCAGUCAAUUGACCGAUCUACUCACAACCCUGAGAGAACGCGAAACCCUCCUUCGGACUGGGGAACAAGAGUCAAAUAACUACAUUCUCCAGUCCAGCCUCAGUUUCACUGCUCUCUCCAGCCAGGAUGAUCCGGGCUAUCCCCAGAACUGUUGCCUGAACGGGCCAUCCGACGCCCGAGAAUGACUUUAAUCUGCCAGGCGAUGUCAAGAGCCUUGCUCAAAACGAGCUGGAUGUACUUGAUCACUUUAUUGUCGGUGUUGUCGAACCCUGAGACACGAACCAGCCAAUCAAGCUUUAUGCGGUCCGAGAUGACCAGUGAGCACUACUGGGGAGGUUCCAGAGUCAUUUCUAAGCCAUUGUUACACAAGCUCUCUUUCCGCCGCAAUGGCAAUUAGAACUUAAUCAAGC